AUGGUCACCGAAAUCACAGAAAUGCUCGCCCAGCACUCACCCUCACCAUGGCCUGUCUUGGAGCUCGCCUGCAUCUACUUGGCCCUUGUCCUGCACGACGACGAUGAAGUGACGGUGACGGAGGAUAAGAUCAAUACCUUCAUUAAAGCAGCUGGUGUAUAUGUUGAACCUUUCUGGCCAGGCUUGUUUGCAAAGGCUCUGGCCAAUGUCAAGAUUGGGAGUCUCAUCUGCAAUGUAGGGGCUGGUGGGCCUGCCCCUGCAGCUAGUGCUGCACCAGCAGGAGGUCCUGCCCCCUCCACCGCUUCUGCCCCAGCUGAGGAAAAAAAAGUGGAAACAAAGAAAGAACAAUCUGGGGAGUCUGAUGAUGACAUGGGCUUUGGUCUUUUUGUCUAA